CACCGUGGUGGUGCCCCAGCCUAUGCCAAAAAAGGUACUGACCGUCAAAUUAAAACUCAGCAUGAACUUCAGGCUGCAUGCAUGAAUAAAGCAAAUCCGUCGAGUACAUGUAUUCCAAUCCUACUCUGUGGCCACAAAGUUGAACGAACUAUAGGCCCACCGUUAUAGUUCCCUCUGUACCUAUCAACCGAUAGUGAAACUGCGCGGAUCGGACAUUUGAACACUAUUGACUCUCUGAUCACGAUACCGACGGAUAAGCUUCAGUGACGGCCCUCUCUGAAACCUGAACAUUGACUGUCUGAUCAUGGUGUGAUCAUGCAGAUAGACACGCUGGUGUAACGGACCUCAAUCUGAUUAUUUAUACCUCCUGGCUGUGAUCACAACCCGAGUGUGAAUACUUGGCCUAAAGAUCCACAGAUCAAUCUCGGACGGAAUAUGACAUCAGUGUCCGUGGUUUUGGAGAGGUGCGGCAUCCUACUCGAAGGACCUCACUGGGAUGACGACAGCCAGUGCCUGUACUUUAUCGAUUACAUCAAUGGAGCCGUUCACCGAUGGAAUCCGGAGACACAGAACCACGAGACAAGAACAAUUGGUGAUAGAGUCAGUUCCGUUGUAACAACAAGGACUCCAGGCGUCCUUUGCAUCACGACCAAACACCGCUUCGUUUUUCUGGACUGGGAGUCAGGUUUGGUCACGCACAUAGCGGAAAUCGACCAGGACCGGCCAGAGAACCACCUCAACGACGGGAAGUGUGACUCGAUGGGACGAUUUUGGGCAGGGACAGUCGGGCCUCUGGAAACGCCCACGAAAGUCAAGCCCAAACAGGGCUCCCUCUUCCGUCUCGACGGAGACGGGUCUGUGACCAAACAUGUCGAUGGUGUGGACAUCUCUAACGGGAUGUGUUGGAGCCAUGAUUACAGGACGAUGUAUUACAUCGACUCUCUGUCGGGCAGAGUGGAUGCUUUCGACUACUGCUUGGAAACAGGAGGGUUAAGCAAUCGGCGACCUGCCGUUGAGAUCCCGAAUCAGGAAGGCUUUCCUGAUGGAAUGACAAUGGACACGGAGGGCAUGCUGUGGGUUGCUUGCUUCGACGGGUCAAAAGUCAAUCGUUACAACCCACAAACAGGUGAAAAGUUGCAGACUGUCCGUUUCCCCUGUUCGUAUGUGACUUCAUGCUGUUUUGGAGGGAAGAACUUAGAUACUCUCUACGUAACAACUUCUAAUGACGGCCUCGGCGACCAGAAACUACGAGAGGAGCCAUUGGCUGGCUCCUUGUUCAAGGCCCUACAUAUUAGAUAUAAUGUCUGCCGAGACUCAACUGAAGUUUGAAAUCUGCUGGCGGGAAUAGCACAUUGGCUUGGUUAUUUGGCUUAAACAGUCGUCAGAGCAACAUAAUAAGGUAUACAUGUGGCCUUGUGAGUUACUCCGGGGAAAAAGAGCGUUGUGAAUAUCCUCAGAGCAGGUGCGCUGUGUACCGAUUUGGGCUUGCAUGACAUGUAUUCUAACAUGAAAUUAUAUUCCAAAAUUUUCAGACAGAUACCCAAACAAAUCAAUAUUCAUAAAAAAUGCCAUCAUUUACAUUAAUCAGUUUUAUUAUUGCAAAGUGCGCUGUACUCUCAAAAACUGCGUUCAUAAAUAAACAUAACUUGUAAUAUUCAACAUGUAAUAUUCAACACGUUAUUCUACAACGAAAAAAAAACAGGCAAAGAUUUUCAUUGUCAUUUUGAGCAUUUUUAAAGUUUUCCGGUUGUCACAGCGUACAUGUACCUCUUCGGACAGAUCUGAAGAAAAACUUGUCCGCUGAGGACUGUGAAAAUGAUGAUUACUCUCUGUUAAGUGAUGCAUUCAACUGAUAUUUUUUCUCAUCCCCAGGGGACAGUAUAAUAAACAUUCAAUUUGAAAUAUUUUUUUAUACAUAUACCUUGGGGAUAACUUGAAGGAUACCUGGUCAGAAAUUAACAAUUGAUGAUUUAAACAGUUGAAUUUGAAUUUCUAAUUAUUUCUCAUAAAAAUACAAACAAAAAAUAUCAGCUAGGAGUUGACUAAAUGCCGUAAACUUAAACAUAUGUAACAUCAGACUGUGCCACACAAGUUUGGGUGUAUGAAAAAAUGGUUUCGGUUUGUGGCUCCUUAUCAGAGGGUGUGAUAAAUAAUGUCACCGAUAAGCCCCUCUCGUAAUGUCUACUAUCGGUAAGGGUGGCCAAGUUUGGCAGAUAUAGUACCCUUGGUUGAUAUCCCGGUUUUGCCUCAAACAUACAUGUACAUCCAAAUACACGAUGUACUGCAGAAAGGCGAGUGUGUGCAUACUUACAAUACACAGUGUGCCAAAAUGAGCCCUUUUCCGAAUAUCUGGACUUUUUUGCAUAACUCUUUUGACGUAUACCCGAAUGCUUCCAUUUGUCCACAUUUGACAUGGUAGAAUCAGUGUUGUUGUGACCUCUUCAGACCAAGGACCAGUACAAGGUCUUCAGUCUAACUUGAAAUGAAUGGCAACAAAAACAUUCUUUUGUCAUUGUUCAUACUGUUCUAUGAUUGGUCGUGUGACUGGUCUUGGGACUGGUAUUAUGACUGGUCUUGUGACUAUAUUGUGACUGGUCUUAUGACUGAUCUUGUGACUGGUCUGGGGACUGGUAUUAUGACU